AUGUCGGCGGCCGUCACGUCACUCUGGUGGCCAGAGGAUCGAGUAAAGGCCACCCUGACCCCCGAAUACAUCUUCAACCAUCUUCCGUCCAGCAUCCUCCACCGUCUCGUCGCCCCGUUGCCCUGGGGAGAGGGCCUGACCAGCGAAUCCUACCUCGACUGGAUCCUUGCCAAGGCGGGUCGCCUCUAUCUGAUCCUCGUUGACAUCGGCGUCCCGGACCGCAUCUUCGCCCUGGUGGACGAGUCGCUGGACGACACGGAUCUGCCCUUCUCGGCCCCCAGCGCCGCUCGUCUCCCUCUCACCUCCGAGGGUGAGAAUCCCGACCUUGCCAACAAGUUCUUCCUCGCCCAAUGGCGGUUCACCGUGCGUGGGAUCAGCGAGGGGGGCCACGUCAAGUACACCCAGAAUGAAGGCGUGCCCGUGGAGCUGCUUCGGACUGGGAACGCCUUGGUGAGGGAGGGCGUGGAAAAGGUCGUCGUGGCCGGGGCCAAGAGCCGUGUGCUUCUGCGGACACAAGUGUCGAUAGGGGGUGCGCCGCAUUUCUUCGAGGAAAAUGAGGUCCUUGAGGAGAUUCGCUCCUUGAGGAGGCUGUCCCACGAUCACAUCUACUCCAUCUAUGCGUCGUACUUCGUGGACAAUUCCAUCUGCAUUCUGUUUUCGGGCGUGUACGAACGCACCCUGAUGUCUUUCCUUACCGACCAGCCCCAGGCCUUUAAGAAGCUGGAAAAGAGCAAGCGUCGAGAAAUCCUGGUCAACUGGCCCCACUGUCUGGCCAAUGCGCUAUCGUGGCUGCAUGCACACAGCCAACCCCACAGUCUAAUACGCCCAUCAAACAUCAUGGUGGAUGGGGAGUUUCGGAUCUUCCUGGGCCAGUACGAGGCGCUCGACACGCUUCUAUCUCCGGUCAAGCUGGACGACGUCGAAUCCUACCAGUACGGCGCCCCAGAACGCUGGGUGCGUUCAAUUUCCAUCCAGGACACGAGUGCACCGCGUGCCACUCUUGCCCUCCCCUCUGGAGGGCGUUCGGCUCGCAAACAAUCCUCGCGCCCGCCGAUGCUGAGCCUCGCCAGGUUCCGGAGCUCUCAGCCAUCCGAUCAAGAGUCCGAGGCUCCGCGCGCCGACUCCGUGACGUCGCAGGGAACCGCCAUCCGCAUAGGUCUUCGGGGCUCGCCCUCUCGAGUGUCGUUCACCAACUCCUCUUCCUCCGGAUCCAGCAAUGGAAGCGCCCGCAAGCGCGUUAUAUCAUCCAUGAAACGACCCAUGUUCUACACCCCAUCCAUCAUGUCCUCCAACUCAUCGGGAUCCUCCAACGCCACCGCAAGCAGCUACGGAUACCCCAUCAUCGGCUCCAACGCAGCCAUCGUCCACACGUGGCAGACACGUCAAACCGACCCCGAGGCAUCGGACCUGUUCUCCCUCGGCGCCGUCAUCCUCGACAUCUUCACCCAUCUCUGCAAGCGCAAGCUGUCCGCCUUCGCCCACCACCGCGGCGCCAAAAACCGCACCGCUGGCCGCGGCGGCGGCGUCGCCGACUGCUCCUUCCACCUCGACCGCAACGCCGGCCAGGUCAGCUCGUGGAUCACUUCCCUCGACAGCGACGCCAAGAAACACAAAGACCCCAUCUUCCAGGCCGUCCGCCCCAUGCUCGCUGUCGUGCGAACCAUGCUGAACAAAGACCCCUACGACCGCCCGUCCGCCUUCCAGGUCGAACAACACUUCGCCCAGGCUCUCCAGAAACUCGACGGCGCGGCA